UUCUCAUGUUUGGUUGAGAGCUCGACUAGGUACUGAGACCUGUCAUCGGCUUGUUAUCAUGGUGUUCGGGAUGCCAGCCCUGAAGGAGACACUUUACUACUCAAAUAUUACAGGUGGACAGACUGAAGAUGAAAGGGAUAUUUUGGUACAAGAACAACGGUACUGUCGAGCUCGGGCUCGCAAACUUUCCCUGGAAACAAAUCGCAGACGGAUGGCUCUGGAGGAGCGAAGAAAACAGUGGGAUGUUCAGGAGCAGAGAUCGAGGGAGAAUGUUCUACAACAGCGGAGACAGAGGGUCCAGGAUGCCACAGAGAACUUCCAAAGAGCUCAUCUCCCUCUUUCCCAGAGGAAGAGACCAGCUUUUAACAGAAGAACGCUCAACCUUGACGAAGCACUUCAUCAUAUUCAAGGCACUUCACACUUGUAUGCUCAGCAGUCUCCAUUUUUGUUCAGUGCCCCCACCAUAAACAGGAGCUGCAAUCCCUCUCCAAAUCCUCCAGGGGGCGCCCAUCACCUGCGUGCCUUGUCUGCAGCUGAGGACUACGUCAAUCUCAUGCAGGAGAAGAGUAACUUCAAGAACCAGCUGCUCCUCCUCAAUGAGCAGCAGGAGGAGUAUCUUGAUACCCAACAUAGUGAGACAGAGAGCUUGUCAAGUCUGGACAGCUUAGAGAAUGGAGACCCGCAGCAAAGCCAUGGCACUAAAUCAGUCAGCUGCUCUAACCUGGUUUGUUGUUCCCACCAAAGCACCAACUGUGCCCAGUCCUCCUACUCCCUUAUGGAUCCCCCUAAGUUCAAAGACCCCAAAACACCUCCAUUACCACUAAGACAGUCCAAAAACCUGUGUUCAUUGCCUAACCCCUCCUAUUCUGCAGCAAAGAGUUUCCAGGAGGAGGUCUUAAGCCAUGAAGCCAAACCCAGGGAUCAUGAGUCAGCAGAGGAAAGUGGGAGUCUCGAGAAUCUCACGCAAGCAACAGAGCAAUGUAACCUAAAGGACCAAACACAGAACUUUAACACCCACUGUACUCUUUCUUGCAAAAAAGAGUUGACUCAGCAGGACUUAUUAGCCAAUUCAAAACAUAUUACUCAUCAUAAUGACAGGAAUGCUGAAGGGAUAAUUUUGAAAGACAAAGCAUCUGUGGUUGCCCACUUCAAAACACAGACCAUGCCAGAUACCACACCCCUGGAAUCCUCAAGUCUGACUAAAGAGUUCAAGUCAGAAUCCAAUCAGCAGACAAGAAUCCUGGAAGAGAAACAUGCUAGACAUUCAUCAGAAAGGCAGACAGCUCUUCCAGCCAGCAGAUGCAAAAAAAGCGACAGUGUGUUCGAAGUCUUCUCAAGUGCUGCUGCUGGUGUGAGCAUAAUCUCUCAAACUGAUCCAAGUUCCCGUAAUUCAGACAUACAACCGAUAGAAACGCUGAGUUCUUCAAAGUCACACGAACACAAACCAGAUGUAGACAUUGCUACAGGGCCCGAGAGAGAAUCCAAACCUCUGAGUACGGAGAAGAGUAUAAGAAAAGAUCUUUUAGAUCCUAAAAAUGAAACAGAUAUCACCAAAUUGGCAAGGGCCAGAAUGUCCAUGUCUUCCAAAAACACAGAGGAACCAGACAGAACAUCAGCAGAGCCUGUGACCCAUCAUGUUCCUAAUAUCAGCAAUGUCAGAUUCCUGAAAGGAAUUCUUAAAAAUCAUUUAAAAUCAGGAAAUCUCAAAUUCACAUAUACUCCUGGACAUGUACUUUUCACCAAAGAAGUGGCCAUAUUAAUUAGGGACAGUGUGGAACUGGCCAGGGCAAAACUCAAAGAGCCAGAGCAAAACAGGACCAUAAAGAAGAAACUGCGAUGGUUUGAUGAGGUUAAUGGAAUUGAGGGGGUGGAUGUGGACAGAGUGUGUAAAGACCCUAGCAAACAUGCAGUGACGAAAAGUAUGCAUGCUAACCUGCCUCAACAAACACAUAAACACCCUUCAGCAGAUCUACAGCAGGAUUUUCACAACUCAAAUUAUGUGAAUUUACUCACAGGGGUAUCAAAAAACAUUUCCAAUAAAACCUUCUAUGCCCCUGCUGAUCCCCAGUCCUCUAGACAGGCCUGGGCAGAUGUAGGGCCCCAAAAAAACAGUAUACAAGAACAUAUCAGGGAGCCCACAUCCCAAAGAGGAGGCCUUUACGUUGGGGGCCCUCGGACUCCCAGGAGAGUGCGCUCAGCCAGAGUCGGCUCAGUUCCUAUUACUUCCCGGGCCAGGAAGGGCACUAUCAUCAGACCACAAUCUGCCAGGGAAGCACAACAUGUGGCCAAGACUCAGGGGAAUAUCUUGGUGCCUCGGCCCCCUCCAAAACCAGAAGUUAUGGAGUGUGACUUAGCGGAGUACCCCAAGUACAACCCCAAGACAGCCUACUGUGAUGAUGGUGUACAAAGCAAACCAGAUCAGGCAGUUGAGCUGUCCCUGUACAAAGACAAUCCAGAUAGCCAGAAAAUGGCUCAUCGGCCUAUCCUUAAAACAGAAAAAGAUGCUCUCUCUGCUCCAGCAGCACCUCAUUAUACCUACACAUAUCAGACUGGGUCCAAGGGCAUCUAUUACCUCUCUUCUGCAGAUGCUCUUGCAGACAAUUGGAGGCGUAGCUGUGGAGAGAACAGAAUCUGUUUGGACCGCACUCCAACAGAUGAGGAGAUUACACUUCUGUGGCAUGGAGUCCGAAGUGCUUUAGCCAGCAAAGAUGGUGAACCUCAAAGUUUCCUGACUAACAAUGGUCCGUUGUCUGCUUCGCCUCAAACCUGUGCCGGUCUGUCCCAUGUUACCAUCAAUGGUGAUAGUCUGAUCAGUGGUGUCAAUGGAGUCUCAAGAAUGGUGAGGAAUCCACUAAGGAGACAGAUUAUGGAGGGUGACAUGGUAAAGAACAGAGUUUCAGUGGAAAGCAGCAGAAAUCAAACUGCAGGAACAGUGCAGAAAAAGCCCUCUUUUCCUUAUCAGGUAAAUGUGCCAAACAAUUCACACCCAAACAGAAAUGGUCAUGCAGCAGACAGUGAAGAUGUGACAGAUGGUGGUCAUGACACAUUGGACUUGUCUCAGUCCCACCAGAACAGCACUGUCCCACAGAGCCAGGGAACAAAGUCUCUCAGUGUCAGUGCUCUCUCACUGGAGGAGCAGAAGGUCCUGCAGUCACUGGACAGACUUAAUCAACGCCUGCAAUUUGUGCAAGAUACAGUUGGUGGCAACACAACAGUAAAGGGAACGUUUGCUUUGGCUCCUGCAUAUAACCAGACAGGUGAUACUGUGGGAGUCACCAUGCGUAGGCGAGGCUUCUCUGCAGAUAGUCACACCCGAACUCAACACCGUUACUGACUAAACCUCCCAUGAUCCACCACUUCCUCAACAAUUCUCUAAACACUUUUUGAACCUUCAAACUUUACAGUUGCGCACUUUAUAAUCCUGAGACAAACUAAAAUACAUCUUUGUCUAAGUGGCACAGAGGCUAAUGCAAAAAUGUAUGCCUUUUUGUGUUUUCUUGUAAAAUAACUAAACAUCCUUAAAACAAUAUAUAAAAAAUUUUAACAAAAAUCCUCACAUCAUUUAGUCACCCUCAUGCCAUCCCAGAUGUCUAUGACUUUCUUCUCCAAAACACAAAGAUUUUAGUAGAAUAUCUUAGUUCUUUAGGUCCACGCAAUACAAGUGAAUAGUGACCAAAA